AUGUCAGAGGCCAACAAAAAAACGACAGCAAAGGGGCUCACCCUUAACCUCAUUGCAGCGCAUGUAGUCGGUCUAGUCACUUUGGCACUCAUUAUCAAAGAAGCGGCGGCAUUUUCCAACGCCACAGAGGCUCUGGCAUUCUAUGGUGUUUAUCACCGAGAACCGGGCAAUCAGUUGAUUCACUUUUUUGGAGUGCCUGGGAUUCUAUGGUCUGGACUCAUAUUUCUGGUACAUUUGGAUGUUCCAUUUCUCUCGAAUAACAAGACGAUACAAUAUUUACUCCCAGGCAGCCAACAGCUUACCUACGGUCUAAUUCUGGCUCUAGUUUACCUAGUCUUCUACUUGAAUAUUGAUCCUAUUGGAGGAUCACUGUACGCACCAAUAAUCUACGCCAUGUAUUCAUCAGCAUGUUAUCUACAUGACCAAGAUCAAGAAAAGUCGGGAUCAAAGUCUUGGGCUGGAACUGGAAAACUACUGAGAUAUGCACUUUUUAUUCAUGUGUUUAGCUGGUACACUCAGAUUCAUUGGGGGCACAAACUGAUCGAAGGGGCACAGCCAGCCGUGCUAGAAUCUAUCGGUGGUGCUUUGACAGUCGCUCCACUCUUUGCCUACUAUGAGUUCUUGUGGCUAAUCGGCUUGAAUCAAGACCUCCAAAUGCAGACCCUACAAGCUGUACAGGAAAAAACAAUUGAAAUCUGCGCUGCUGGAAACACGGCUAUGCGAGUCUGCGAAACACUUAAAACCUCAUAA